UCGCGCGGCCGCCCGCGCCGGCGGCAGAGCGCGGGGAGGCGGGGAGCGCGCGCACGGCGGGAGCGCCGCGCCCGCACGGACGGGAGUUGGUGGGCGCAGUGCGGCGGGUACAGCUGGGAGGAAAAGAUGUUUGGCUUUCACAAACCGAAGAUGUACCGGAGUAUAGAGGGCUGCUGUAUUUGCAGAGCUAAGUCUUCCAGUUCUCGUUUCACUGACAGCAAACGUUAUGAAAAGGAUUUCCAGAAUUGUUUUGGGCUCCACGAGGCUCGCUCAGGAGAUAUUUGCAAUGCCUGUGUUCUUUUGGUGAAAAGAUGGAAAAAAUUACCAGCAGGAUCCAAAAAAAACUGGAAUCACGUGGUAGAUGCCAGGGCUGGACCCAGCCUUAAAACAACAUUGAAACCAAAGAAAAUGAAAACCCUCUCUGGAAGCAGAAUAAAGAGCAAUCAAAUCAGCAAACUGCAAAAGGAAUUCAAGCGGCACAAUUCUGAUGCCCACAGCACAACUUCAAGUGCCUCUCCAGCUCAGUCGCCCUGUUACAGCAACCAGUCGGACGAUGGCUCUGACACGGAGCUGAGCGCUGGGGCCAGCAGAACACCAGUGUUCUCCUUCCUAGAUCUCACCUACUGGAAAAGGCAAAAGGUCUGCUGUGGAAUUAUUUACAAAGGGCGUUUUGGAGAAGUCCUCAUAGACACUCAUCUCUUCAAACCUUGUUGUAGCAAUAAAAAGUCUGCCACUGAAAAGCCAGAACAAGAAGGACCCCAAUCUCCAGCAAUCUCCACCCAAGAGGAGUGGUGACUUCCUUGGAUAGCUGCAGAAGGUUAUACAGAUCCUCUUAUUCUCUGGAAAAAUACUAGAAAAGUGACUGUUCACUUUGGACACCUGCUAUGCUGCCAAAAGACUUUUCCCUGGAACUGUUUUGGGUUUUACUGCUACUAUUCCACAAACUCUGGAGCCAGUUUGUAUCCUUUCAGAAAGACUGUACAUAAUAUUUAAGAUGCUAUGGAACACUUGGCAAAGCUGAAUGCUGCUGCAAGGUUGUCUAAUUUUCCCCCACACUCACUUCCCAAGUGAAAAUGGAUGGGGUUUGUAUAUUAAAGUAUAUGUAGUUCAUGUUUCUGUACUGAAAGAAGCAGUGGUUGUAAGCCUUUUGGUUUUUUUUUUUUUUUUUUUUAAAUUUCCUUUAAAGUUGGUUGGCAAACUUCCUAAAUUCCCAAGAAAAUAUUUCAUUCUUAGACAUGUAUGAGUCAAUAAGAUGAACUAAUACAUAGAAAUGUUAUAAGUCACCUCUCUAGUUAUAUAAAUAUAUAUUUUUAAAGGUGUGGCGAUUUCACCCUGUACUACUGACAUAACAAAGACAAAUAUUUCAUGCCUCCCAUGUGACACAGACUGGUAAUCUGCAGACAUCUCUACUUCAAGUGGCAGCUAUCUGAGAAGGCCUCCAGCAUAAAAGUGCUCUUGAGAAGGGGUGGGAUGUGAGAGCUCCCCGCCUUACCUAAGGGUUAAGAUUUACCUAAGAACUGAACAUAGCAAAAUGGGAGGUUACUUUUUUUUUAAGCCAGCAGCAGGCACCCUGGGCUUGGUGUAGUAACCCCUGGUGGCUUGAGAUGGACCAAGAAACCCCUUGAUGCCCAAGUCAGGUGUAGAUGGCAGCCAAAACUGAGUAACUGCUCUCUGUAGCCCAGUGCAGCUGAAAUGUGACCACAAACAAGACUCCUGGUUUUGGACCUGACAAAGAACCAAACCCCUUGCUAAGCAAAUUAGGCUCUGGUCCAGGGACAUAAUCUGGUUGCAGCCUGGGGUUUGGAUUCACAAUAACUGUUUUGAAACCCUUCCCCUGCAGUGCUUCUCUGUGUUUGGAUUUUGUUGGUUUUUUUUUUUUCCCCCGUUUGUUUGUUUAAGCAACUGCCAGGUCAACACAUUUGUGAAUACUGAAUCUGAAAAGUUCUGCUAAGAAUGGUGCUGUGCUGAAUCAAGGCAGCAGCUCUGUUUGCAUAUGUGAUCAAA